GAAGAAGAAACACCGGUUUUUCCGUUUUCAUGCCGUGACGUAACUUCCUUUCUGUAGCGGUAGCCGGGAAGCGAACACGCUUUCGUAUUUGUGGUUGAAGAUGCGUUACGUUGCUGCUUAUUUGCUGGCUGCACUGGGUGGGAAUGAAUGCCCUGAGCCCAAAGAUAUCAAGAAAAUCCUGGACAGUGUUGGCAUUGAUGCUGAUGACACACGCUUAAACAAGGUCAUCGAUGAGCUCAAGGGAAAGAAUGUGAAUGAGGUGAUCACCCAAGGUUACGGUAAGCUGGCUAGCAUGCCAGCAGGUGGUGCUGUAGCUGUUGCCAGUUCUGCAGCUGCAGGCUCAGGAGGAGCCUCAGCUCCUGCUGCAGCUGAGGAGAAGAAGGUAGAGAGGGAAGAGUCUGAGGAUUCAGAUGACUACGAUGGAUUCAGCCUGUUUGACUAAAUCUGGUCACAGAAUGAAUAAAUCUUUUAUUUACAAAAA